CGGUCCGCUGUCUCACGGGUUUGGGUCAUGCGGGUUGGGGUGUUACACUCUGACCAUGGAGAACUUCAAAGGAAGAAAAAGAGGAAGAUCACCUCUCCUUCAACCUCUGGAAAUAUCAACUCGGAUAAGUUGAAGGAGAAGGAACCUGCUGAGGAAACCUCUGCCCAAAACCGGAGCCCUCAACAACUUGAAGAAGAAAUCCCUCAAGUCCAAAGCCUUCCAACCUCAUCACCUCAACCUCAAAUAGAUGAUACUGAUAACCAAUUAUGGCAGCUCUACUAUGAUUGGAAAGCCUGGAAAGUUGGAAAUUCAGCAGAGCAACUAUUGAAUUGGGAGCAACAACUGAAGAAUGAGAAGAUUAUCAAGAAGUGCUUAGGAAUACCAGUCAACCACAACUGUGAACAAAUUCUGGAUGACUACUGGGUAUGGCAAAGGAACCAUGAAGACUUGCAUCUGGAAUACCUGGCCGACACACCAGUUUCAGACUUUGGAAUGGAUGAUGAGGAUCCUGCAGUCUUCAAGCCAGUCUUCUCAAAAGCCACAAAAGAUCAAGUGAUUCUCACGUCUGAAGCACAGGCUGUUUUGAAAGCAACAGCUGAGGAUUUCCAAACAUUUCCGGAAGCCUCACCUGCCUUUGAAACGGAAAUCUCACCUGCUUUUCGGGAAACCUCACAUGCUUCUGAAAUGGUUCUGACUAAAGUUGUCCAAGAGAAGGCAGCCUCUCCCCCACAAGAACAGAACCAGAAAACAGCAGAAGAAGAAGAAUUUCAGAAACUAAUCCAAUCUCAAGUUUUAGAGACUCUCACAACUCCUUGUGAGAUCUCCAAUCAUACUGAAACUGAGAUCCCGGAGAAGUUAGCAGAAAUUCCGGAACAGUCAUCCUUCCCAGAAACAAAUGAAGAGGAGCAAGCUGUAGAAGCACAAAGGAAUUCUGGAGAAGCAGAGAAGGAAACUCAAAUGGCAGAACUAGAGGUCUCUAAAACUCCAAUAGCCAUCUUUGAAGAACAGAAUGAAGCUGAGGAUAAUGACUCCCUCUCUAGAUGCAUAUCAAAUUUUGCACUUGACGAAGCAGAAGGAGAGUCUAAAAGGACACUAAAGGUUGCUGAUGAAAAAGAUGUACAAGAAGAUGCUGAAUCUCUUCCUAUGCAACUCUUCCAAAGAACACCCUCCUCUCAUCAGGUAACCAACUUUCAUUUUCAUAGCUCUUCCACCCCUACCUUUCCGAAUGAUGUACCGGAAAUCUGGACAAAGAAGCUCCAAGGGCUGAUUGAAUCAGCCCUAGCAUCUCAACAUGCCUCUUUUAGGCAAGAGAUAGAGCAAAUGGAAGCCAGGUACACCAAGCUGAUAGAGAAAUCUGAAGAGAAACACAGCACAGAUCUCAAAGAAAUAAGCAAGUCAGUGCACAAGACUCUAGAGAUCAUCUCUCUAUUGAGUGAAACUGUGAGCAACACGAUGGAAAUAUAUGCCUCUGACAGUCAACUUCAACUCAAAGAGAUCAACAAAGUCAAAGAGAAAAUAGCAAGCGUCACCAUUGGUUUACAAAAACAGAUGUCCCUUCUCCAAAUGGACAUCAGAUCAGCCCUAGCAGUAGCUUCAGCAAAUCAGGUAGUGACCAAAGACUACUUGAAGGUGAUCAUUGACAAUCAAAAGGAAGCAUACAAGCUGUUCAGACUUAUUGGCGCAAAUUCUGGAAACCGCAAGAUGGAAGUGAUUCUUCAACAGCACAGUCCAUCCUUAAUACCACAACUCCCCAUUACAGUCAAAAAAGGAGAAGUCUCUUAUAUUCCUUCUCAUCUGAACAUGACUAAUCAAAUCCUUGAAGCACAACAAAGAAGUCCGGAAAAUUCAGCACAGCAUCUAUCCAGCUCAGGACUUGAUGGAACAGAGGCUAUAGGAACAAUUGCUGCCCAUUUCUCAAAUGAUGUCCUAACAGAGGAAAGACGCAACAACUUAAGGCGCAACCAAGAACUAUCUGGAAACAUGAAGGGCAUCAGUGAGGUUGCCGGAUCUUCAAAACGCAAGAGAAACUAAAGGUCUUAAAGAAAAGAAAACGAAGUGUCUUUGAAUAAGUCACUUAAGGAUGAAAAAAUUAGCUAGAGUAAGGUAGAGUAGCUAGUAAAAAGAAAAAGAAAAGGAAUUCGUGAUCAAUUUAGGAAGUCAUCACUUACUUACUCAAGCGUUGUUUGGCCAAACAUGGUGCACAACUAGGCUAAAUCCUACAUUAAGGCAUGCUUCGUUGCACAGGCAAUGCGGCUAAAUGUCCCCAGGCCAGAUCAGAUUUGUUCGAUGAAGUUCUUUUUUUUUUGUUUUUUUUGGCAAAUGUGCUACCAAGCUAUACAUGCACGAGCUUGCGUGUCCACCCGUGUUGUUUAAUGAUGCGAUACUAGCCCCCCCCCCCCAACGGUAGUGCAUGCAUAACAAGCUAGCACGGAGACAAGUCCAUGUUCAACCUUGGCUAUCAUUGAUGUAUCAGACCUCAACUAAAUCAAUCAAAAACCCUUCAAAGACAGAACCUCUAGAAGAACUACUUUACCAGUUCUAGCUAAAUAUUAU